AUGAUGAUGCAGGUGCCCGUCGACGGCCCGCCAUCGCCGAAGACGGCGGCGCACAUGGAGUACCUGCGGCGGCUCGAGGAGGCGACGAAGCUGAAGAAGCCGCGCAAGAGCGCCAAGCCCGUGCGCCUGGCCAAGAAGGAGGCGGGCUUCGACCUCCACUGGGCCGGCGCGAACCGGCAGCGCACGGGCGGCAAGCUCAAGAAGGCGGCGAGGCCCCUCGCGGCCCUCGCGCCGCCCGAGAACGCGCGGCGCACCUGGGGCCGGACGGCCGCGCCCGCGGCGGCCGCGCCGCCGCCGACGAAAUCGGACGACGAGUACGACGACGACUUCGACGAGAGCGGCGACGAGCCCGCGGCGGCGUCGGGCGGCUGGGUCCUCGACGCGGCGCCGCCGUCGCCGGAGGUCUUCGCGCGGACCGUCGUGCCCGACGCGUUCAAGCAGGCCGCGCGCGCCAAGGCCGCCGUCGACGACGACGUCGUCGAAGCGACGCCGGAGGCCGCGCCCGUCGAGGCGCCGCCGGGGGCCGCCCUCGCGGCGCGGCUCGCGGCGCUCCCCGCCGCGCGGCGCGACGUCGUCCUCGCGGUGCUCGCGGCCGUCGAGGCCGCGCCCGGCGACGACGACGCCGCCGCCGCGCGGUCCGCGCUCGCGGCCGUCGCCGCGGGCCUCGAGGCGCCCGCCGAGGCGGUCGUCGAGGAGGCGCCCGCCGAGGCGGGCGCCGAGGCGGUCGUCGAGGCGCCGCCGGCGAUCGCGCCGCCGGCGAUCGCGCCGCCGGCGAUCGCGCCGCCGGCGAUCGCGCCGCCGGCGAUCGCGCCGCCGGCCAUCGCGCCGCGGGCCGAGCCCUUCGUCGCCACGGUGCGCAUCCGCAACGGCUGGGGCAACGCGCGCAUCGCGGGCCUGGACGGUCUCGCGCUCGUCGGCGGCGACGGCGCGGUCAUCGAGGUCGCGCCGGACGCGCUCCGGCUCCUCGCCGGGUCGCCGCCGCGGCCCGCGCCGGCGUCGAGCCGGUCCGCGGCGGAGCUCGCGCGGUUGACCGCGCCGCCGGCGUCCCGACGGAGGGACCUCGCGGCCAAGUCGUGGGUCGCGCGGAUCCCGACGGACGGGCCCGUGCACGUCGCCCUGGCCGUCGGCGCCGGCGUCCUCGACCGGGCCGGCGCGCGGCUCCGCGUCUGGAACUGCUCCGCCUCCGCCAAGGCCAUCGGCGGCGUCGCGGACGAGCCCGGGGCGCUGGGCGCGAGGUCCAUCGAGGUCGAGGUCGACGGGGCGCUGGUCUUCGCGGGCGAGCUGCCGCGGCGGGCCCGCGACGCGAAGGGCUCGGGCUGGUUCGACGUGGCGCUGACGCCGGCGGCGGUUCCGGCGGAACUCGCGGCGGCCGCUCCCACGCCGGCCGCGGAGGCCGCGCCGACGCCCGCGGAGGAGGCGCCGCCCGCGCCGAAGCCCGCGCCCCUCGAGACGCCCCCGGCGACGACGGGCGGGGCGGCCGCCGCGCUCGUGACGCCCGACGACGCCGAGGCGUCGGGCAUCGUCGCCGACGCGAGCGCGACGCUCGUGACGCCCGAGGCGCCGGCGAAGGUCCCCGACGCCGACGCGCCGGCCAAGGUCUCCGACGCCUCGGGCCGCUUCGUCGCUUCCGCGCGCGUGACGCCCGUCGGCGCGGGCCUCAGCUUCGUCGCCGUCCUCGCCCUCGGCGCCGUCGGCAUGCGCGCCGCGAACCGCAAGCGCGCGCUCCUGCCGACGACCGUGACGACCGGCGACGGCGCCGAGGCCGCCGCGAAUCCGCGCGCGCGGAAGCUCCGGAACCCGAAGCAGUUCGCGCCGAAGACGAACGCGUUCUCCGCGCCGGGCGCGCCCGCCGGCGGCGCCGGCGGCCAGCUCGAGCUCGAGUACACGACCAACUAG